AUGGUGACAGGCCAUUAUAGCCAUUUGAGGGACUAUGUCCUGAGCCCUCCUCAUCAGCUAACUGCCACAGCAAACGUGUCCCCAGUCAAAAUCAAAAUCAGAAUCAGAGCUCCCUCGUCGAUCGAAAUAACUGAAGGAAAAAAAAAUGCCCAAAUCUCUUCACCAACGCCAGAAACCCUCGUCAGAUCCACUCCGGGUCUCUCCUCCCUCCUCCUCCGCUCGUCGCUCCUCCUCUCUCUCCGUCCCCGCCGCCACCGCCGUCUUCCCUCCGAUCCAUGGCGAUCCUACACUCUCGCCGACGCCGCAGCCUUCGUCGCCGCCAAGGGUAAGAGUGCCGGCGACGAGAUCGGGACGGUGAUUGUCUGCGCUGUGAGUAAACCCUACUUGCCCUUUUUGAGCAAUUGGCUGAUUAGCGUGUCGAGGCAGAAGCAGCAGGAGAAGGUGCUGGUGGUUGCUGAGGAUUACGCCACGCUUUAUCUUGUCAAUGAGAGGUGGCCCGGGCACGCGGUCCUUGUUCCGCCGGCGCCCGAGCUGCAGACCGCUCACAAAUUUGGAUCUCAGGGUUUCUUCAAUUUUACGUCAAGAAGGCCAAGGCAUCUCCUGCAGAUUCUGGAGCUGGGGUACAAUGUGAUGUACAACGAUGUGGAUAUGGUCUGGUUGCAGGAUCCAUUUCGUUAUCUCGAGGGAAAUCACGAUGUCUACUUUACUGAUGACAUGGCUGCUGUGAAACCUCUAGAUCACCCUCAUGACCUGCCUGCUCCUGGUAAGAAGGGAAGAACAUAUAUUUGUAGUUGCAUGAUUUAUCUGCGGCCAACUGAUGGAGCAAAGUUAGUGAUGAAGAAGUGGAUUGAAGAACUCAAAGAGCAACCGUGGUCCAAAAAGAAAAAGUCCAAUGACCAGCCUGCUUUCAACUGGGCUUUAAAUAGAACUGCUGGAGAGGUGGAUCUUUAUCUAUUGCCUCAGGCUGCAUUUCCAUCAGGAGGGUUAUAUUUCAAGAAUGAAACAUGGGUAAAAGAAACCAAGGGGAUGCAUGUCAUCAUCCACAACAACUACAUCACUGGUUUUGAGAAGAAAAUCAAACGUUUUCAUGAUUUUGGGCUAUGGUUGGUGGACGACCACAGCAAUGAGUCCCCUCUAGGUAAAAUAAACGAAUGAUUCAUGGACAAACACAAGCUAUAAAUGUGCCUUGUCUUGAUACACUGGCUCUCUUCUAUUUUACUGACUCUCAUGGAAGCCUUCUCUACUUCUCGUGCACACUACCAAAGACAAGAUUAACAAAGAAUAUCACUGGGAAAAGAAUGUUCUGUCCGAGGAGAUUAUAAGUUAAGUUGACCCUUCAAGCUUGCUCAUUGUUUGAGAAGCAUUCUUUACCUCUCUCUCAGGAAGAUGGUUACUGUACUAUCCAUAAUAUCAUAUGUGAUCUGGCCAAAUCAAAGAUGAUCUGCAAAAUUUUGUAAGCUGCUUUGAGGCAGAUAAUUUCGCCCAUUUAUAAACCCAUAACGUAUGCUUGUAUGAGGAAGCUUGGAGCUGUUCUUUUCUUCUAUUAUUAUUUAUUUUUCA